CGCCGGCAGCUUGGCUCCUCGCUGGGCUCCGGGAGAUGGGCAGCUGGCGGCCUCGGCUGCGGAGCUCCGCGCGUGGCCAGCCCUGCCCUGCUCCUGCCCGCUGACUGAGCCGCUGCCCGGCCGGCUUCCCCGCCGGCGGCGAUGAAAUUCCCGGGCUCGGUGCUGGUGUCGCUCUUCCUCUUCGUGGCCGAGACGGCGCUGGCGCUGUACCUGAGCAGCACCUACCGCUCGGCGGGCGACCGCAUCUGGCAGUCGCUGACGCUGCUCUUCGCGCUGCUGCCCUGCGUGCUGGUCCAGUUCAGCCUCGUCUUCAUCCACCGAGACCUCAGCAAGGACAGGCCGCUCGUGCUGCUCCUGCACAUCCUGCAGCUGGGACCCCUCGUCAGGUGCGUGGAGGUUUUUUAUAUUUACUUUCAUGCAGGCAGAAUAGAGGAGCCUUAUGUCAGCAUCACUAAGAAGAGACAGAUGCCAAAAGAUGGACAUUCGGAAGAAGUUGAGAAGGAAGUGGGCCAAGCUGAGGGCAAGCUGUUUACACACAGAUCUGCGUUUAGUCGGGCAUCAGUGAUCCAAGCUUUCCUAGGCUCUGCACCACAGCUGACGCUUCAGCUGUACAUAUGUGUCCUACAGCAGGAGAUGACGGCAGCCAGAAGCAUCUUCAUGGUCCUUUCUCUCCUGUCAAUCGUCUAUGGAGCACUGCGAUGCAACAUCCUGGCCAUUAAGAUUAAGUAUGACGAUUAUGACAUCAGCGUGAAGCCUGCUGCCUACCUCUGCAUCUUCCUCUGGAGAAGCUUUGAGAUUGCCACUCGGGUGAUAGUCCUGGUCCUCUUCAGCUCUGUCCUUCAAAUCUGGAUCCUCCCAGUGGUGCUAGUGAAUUUCUUUGCUUUUUUCUUUCACCCGUGGAUUCUCUUCUGGCAAAGUAAGUGCACUUUGCCGGAAAAUAUAGAGAAGGCUUUGAGCAAAGUGGGCACUGCCAUUGUCUUGUGCCUUCUCACUUUCCUGUAUGCCGGUAUUAAUAUGUUUUGCUGGUCAGCUGUGCAGCUGAAGUUGAAUGAUUCCGACUUAAUUGACAAAUCCCAAAACUGGUACAGGCUGGCUUUAUAUUACAUUGUGAGGUUCCUUGAGAAUGCUUUUCUCUUGCUGAUGUGGUAUAUGUACAAGACUGAUGUCUACACGUAUGUAUGUGCCCCUUUGCUGGUCUUACAGUUGCUGAUUGGCUAUUGCAUAGCUGUUCUUUUUAUGCUCGUGUUCUACCAGUUUUGCCACCCGUGCAAAAAACUUUUCUCCUCCAAUAUUUCAGAAGGAUUGGCACUGUGUUUCAAGUUGUUUUGCUAUGUAUGCAAACCUCUUGCAUCCAGCAACUCUGGGGAAAAGGCAGACUUGAAGACCCCAGACGAUACUGUUGACGAUGCCCAGGACAGCUGCAAGGCAAAUGAAUCCUAUAAUGGAAAUGCCCACCAAAGUGUUUCGUCCAAUGCCUAGAGCUACUGUCAAGGAGCCACCGCUCUCAAGACUUGCUUAUUUUAGCUGGGUAUAUUGCCUGUUUGGUUCCAGGUGGGAAAACGUUUCCAGCCCCUGGGUCUGGAAACCUUUCUGGGUAACAUCCCAAUGGUGGGCGGGUCCAGAGGAAAAAAUGGGCGGAGCAGCAAAUGUAAAUUUUACCUUUGUACAGUAGGCUAGUUUCUUCACAUACUCCUCUCUCCUUCCUAAAUCCAGGCAAGCGAGAGGCAUAAUCAGAGUUCAAGGGCACAUUCCUGCCAAGCAAAAACAUUCAAGGUGGGUGUGACUUGGAAGGGGGUGUGGCUUGUGGAGAGUCCCAAAGGUCAGGCAGAGAGGACUGGAGGGCCACAUAUUUGGGCCUCUGGUUUGGGUAGUUUAGAAAGAAGGAUGCACUCUGAUUAUCCCUCUGACCGCCAUGGCAGGAGGCACAUUUAAGUCCUAGCAUUGCAAUGCUGGUAUGGUGGUUCAAUGAGUGUGAAGAUAAUUGGGAUUUUAACUGUUGGAAACUGACAGCACCCCCUUAUGGAUGGGAUGCUUCACUGCACCUUGACUUUAGAUCAGGGAUUUAUAACCUUUGUCCAGGUGGACCUCUGCAAGCUAUGAAACAAAAGGCAAGGCAAUGACAAAGUGGCUGACUCAAGGAACUUCUUAUUUCAUGCAAGGACCGAAAUCGAUAAAUGAAAAGGAAGGUUCAAAACCUCACAGGUUAACAAUGUGCUUUAAAGCUUUAUACAAACUGGGCUCCUUCACCUGCCACCGAGUGCCGAAUUUAUCUAGGUUACAUAUGACAUGAUCUCAUCCUGACUGCGUGCAUUGGAACUGGGAGCUUCUGAAUCCAUAAUGGAAAGUGAUAAAAUAACUUGCUGCUAAUUCAGGCCUUGGCCCCAUCCUGUCAAUUUUUCCUUCAAAGUGCCACAAGUGUUGAUUCUCUUCAAACAGCUUAAACACUUGGUUUGUAGGAUUGCUUCUGUUGUUGGAUUCUGAUUGUCUUGGUCAAUUACAUUUCUGCUUUGUAUGAUGCUAAGAAAGCUUUGGUGAAUGUAGCAGUAGUUAAGGACGCAUUUAGUCAAUGAAAAUUUUAGCAAUGUCUUGCAGUUGAUAUCCACUCUUUUACAUGAAUAUUUCCAAAUGUUUCCAUUAAGUCAAACCUACUGAUAUUACUGAAAAUGGGGGGGGGACUAUUCGCUAGAAUUAUUACAUUAAAGUGAUUAGGUCUCCAAAACAGUGGCCAGGUUGGCAGAGUGGAUUUGGACGUUGAGCAUGGGAGGACCUGAUCCAAAAGCCAGUGAGCUGCAAAAGCCAUUGGGCGGGAUUUGAACAAAUAAUUAUAUUCGACUGUUUACUGGGUUUGCAUCUUGCCUUUCUUCUAAGUUUCUCAAAGUGGUGGUUUGCAGGCUGGUCCUAUGCAUGUUUACUUGGAAGUAAGUCUUACUUUGUUCAAUGAGGCUUACUCCCAGGAAAGUGUACUCCCAAGAGAGAACUGAAGUCUUAACCUCCCAAUAAUUUUGACUGGUCAAGAGUAUCUUUUCCAAGGCCAUAUCGGUGCUGGCCAGGAUCAGUCCCACUCCCAAGAUCAACACUCUACUUACCCCACAAGGUUACUGUGAGGAUAAAUGAAGUAAGAAUUGUAAAGCAACUUAAUACACCAAACCAGUUCUAUAGAAAUGUUUAAAUAAUAUUUAAAAUGACCUUUGCCACCGCAGUGCUGACAAUAGUUGGAACCAUGGUAGCUGAAAUCCAUGGUGCAAUUAGCUGGUGCAAGGUGGAGUCAUCCUUUCUUGCUUCUGGUUUUUAUUGAAACACACAUUAAAAAGUGCUGGCUUUUGCCCAGUUCUACAAUCGAGCAGUAUAUAAAUUUUAUAAAAUGAAUUAAGUGUGUUUGAAGAGUGCAGCCAUGUAACAACAGGAUCAGGGGGCAAGUUUUAGCAUGAAUUAGCAUUACAAAUGUGUAUCUUUAUCUUUUUAUACAAAAUAUAAAACAGUCACCUUAUCUGUGCACAUGUAGCAAACUCCCCCUCCUUGAUAUUCUUAUUUUUAAAAAAGAAAAAGAAAUAACACCUGGUGGUUAUUGUUUUAUAUCUGGAAAGCUGAUUUGUUCCCAGAAUAAAAUAAUUAGUCUCUGAAGAGAAA